AUUCGCUCACGCGUCCCGGAAGUGGAGGUUCACCUGGAAGAGUUUGGAAACAAACUGGCGAUCCAAUGAGUGAGUGUCGACCCUCUGGCAGACAGAUUGAUUGUUGACGGCUCAGUGAUCGGCACACAGCGUGUGAGGAGGAGGAUGAUGAUGAUGAUGAAGUCUCUGUUGAGUGUGGUGAUCUUCAUCCUGAUGGCGUCAGAGAUCAGCGCGAGGAUCCACCAGCUCACACUCAAGAAUGAGACGCGGUCUGUGGUCCACUUGAACUCAUUCGGUUAUUUUCCGGAUGGCUAUCUGGACGUCCACCUGCUGUCUCUGAGACUGCCCCAGGAGAAGAGUGACCCCGGGACGGUGGGCUUCAGUCUGUCCUGGUCUCGAGUGAGUGGUAUCCUGUCCAACACCGAGGAUGGGCAGGAGUGUAAGCUGAAGAACAGUAAGAAUGACACUGAGCUCAUCCUCUUCAUCAUGGACACCAAGCGUCACGGAGUCCAAGUGAGGCACUUUGGUCAUUAUAACUUCACGCUGGAGUCCAGACUCGAUGGAGAGAAAGCAAGGACCAAAAGAGAAAAUAACGAGGCUGAGAAGCCAGAAGAGCCGAGUGUUGAUCAGACAACGAAACAGAAAGAGAAUUCAGAAGAGACGCCGGCUGUCAGCAGCACCGUUAGCCAGAAGGUGGAGAGAUUUGACGGGAAGUGGCUGGAGCUGCAGCAAGAAGGUGAUUCCUACAACUUCAGGUUCCGUCUCACGAUGAGUGCGAGCUCGCAGGGCCUCUACAACCUGGACUUCCACAACUGCCACAACGGCAAGACGCUGAGUCCAUACGCUCUCCACGUGAGUAUCAUAGAGAAGAAUCCCAGUGGUUAUCUGUCAGCGGCUGAGAUUCCCCUUCCGCGCCUCUACAUCUCAAUGGCUGCCAUCUUCUUCAUCGCUGCCGGGGUGUGGACGUACACACUGCUCAAGUACAGGUACAGUGUGUUUAAGAUCCACUGGCUGAUGGCGGCGCUGGCGUACACUAACGCUGUGUCUCUGCUGUUCCACAGUACCAACUAUCACUUCAUCAACUCUAAGGGGAAUCCUAUUGAAGGUUGGGCCGUCCUGUACUACAUCACACACCUGCUGAAGGGGGCUCUUCUGUUCAUCACGCUGGCUCUCAUCGGCACCGGCUUUGCCUUCGUCAAAUACAUCCUGUCAGACAAAGAGAAGAAGAUCUUCAUGAUCAUCAUUCCUCUGCAGGUUCUGGCUAACGUGUCCUAUAUCAUCAUCGAGGAGACGGAGGAGGGCACGAGUGAAUACACUUUCUGGAGGGAGAUCCUGUUCCUGGUGGAUCUCAUCUGCUGUGGAGCCAUCCUGUUCCCUGUCAUCUGGUCCAUCCGACACCUGCAGGAGGAUUCGAACACGGACGGCAAAGCUGCUAUGAACCUGGAGAAUUUGAAGCUCUUCAGACAUUACUAUGUGAUGAUCGUGUGUUAUAUCUACUUCACACGGAUCAUCGCGAUAAUGCUGCAGCUCACAGUGCCGUUCCAGUGGCAGUGGGGUCGGGAGUUUUUAGUGGAGGUUUCUACUCUGAUCUUCUUCGUCUUGACGGGAUUCAAGUUCCGUCCGGCAUCGAAUAACCCGUAUCUACAGCUGCCUCAGGAUGAGGAGGACCUGAAGAUAGAUGAAGUUGUAACCGAAUCCGGAGCACUGGAGGGCAUCCACAAGGUGAAGAAAACGUCUAACGGCCAAGAGAGACCGAGAGAGGUUGCGUUGUGAGUGUCAUAUCAAAGAGGGCGGAGCCUGGACUCUCUACCUCCUCCCCUUCCUGAGGUUGCUGUCCUGGUACCCACAGACUCACUAUGCAAGUGAAAAAACACGGAAUGGAAAAAACGUAUGAGAAUAAAGCGCAGCAGACACGAUUUCCAUGAGAUAACGAGCCGAUUUUCCGGUACAGACUCUGGGAUAACAGUGACAUGGACCGAAUCUCAUGCUUUGGUUUACAGUAAUGAUGUGGUCACUCUGCUCUAUUCCUUAAUUUGUUCGCUCAUUUAUUCCUUCAUUAAAAAGAUGUACAAUCA